AAAUGCUAACCGAGUUGGCGCUUGGCCUAUUCGCCUUAUGGAUAGCUAUUUUCAGUCAGGCCCUUCACAAAAUUGAGGAAGGACAUGUCGGAGUUUACUACAGAGGAGGAGCUCUUCUGAAAGCAGUCACAAAUCCAGGUUAUCAUAUGCACAUUCCAUUUCUGACGACAGUGAAAUCAGUUCAAGUUACUCUUCAAACUGAUGAAGCUACAAAUGUGCCUUGUGGAACGUCUGGCGGAGUUCUCAUCUACUUUGAUCGAAUUGAAGUCGUCAAUUUUUUGUCUCAAGAUAGUGUUUAUGCAAUUGUAAAAAACUACACCGUGGACUACGAUCGUCCUCUGAUCUUCAACAAAGUUCAUCAUGAAGUGAAUCAGUUUUGUAGUGUACACACUCUUCAAGAGGUCUAUAUCGAUCUUUUUGAUAAAAUUGACGAAGAAAUCAAGAAUGCUCUACAAGAAGAUCUAGUUAAAAUGGCACCCGGUCUUUAUGUACAAGCAGUACGAGUUACUAAACCGAAAAUUCCGGAAGCUAUUCGAUUAAAUUACGAGAAAAUGGAAGCUGAAAAGACGAAACUUCUCGUGGCUCAAGAAACUCAAAAAGUUGUAGAAAAAUUGGCUGAAACUGAGAGGAAAAAGGCUGUUAUCGAAGCAGAGAAGGCUGCUCAAGUUGCACUUAUUCAUCAAAAACGAUUGCUUUCUGAGAAGGAAACUGAAAAGUUGUUGAAUCAAAUGGAAGCUGAAAGCAAUUUGGCAUCCGAACGAUCUAAGGCAGACGCUGAAUUCUACAAAGCACAGAAACAAGCUGACUCGAACAAAAUACUUCUCACAAAAGAGUACUUGGAGCUGCAAAAGAUUCGAGCAAUUGCCUCGAACAACAAAAUCUAUUACGGUGACAGCAUCCCACAAGCAUUCGUCAUGGGGACCACUCAACAGACUGUCUAGAUUUACAAGAAGAUAAUUCCAUUUGAAUCGGGUACACACAUACCUGUCACGCCUCAUCCCAAUUGUCGUUCUCAUAAUUUUUAUUGACUUUGUAUUGUUCGGAAUAUUAUAUUUAAAAUAAAAAAAUCUUUAUC